AUGAUUUUGGCCCCCUAUUACUUUAACGAGAAAACUAACCUAUCGGAACAGCCGUAUCGAAACCAGAAGCGAAGACUAGAGGGUAGGUCUAUACGAGAUCUUCCGCUAUAUAGUCAAGAGCUUUUGGAUCGUAUCCGCCUACCUGCUGAGCGUGAUUUGAAUGAUGACCCAUGUUGGCUCCGUACCUACUAUGACCCUUCCUCAGAAGACUCAUGGGGUCAGAUUCAAGAUUACAUUGAUACCAAGAUCGGCGGCCCAGUUACAGUUUACAACGACUCAUCCUUGUAUAACUUCGGUUCUAACUGGGAGAAGAUUUUUCUUCGCGCUCCACAGCUACUCGAUAAUACUUGUUUGUUCGAAGAAUACGAAGAGUAUGUUGAGGAGGCCCUAGAAGAGGGAAUUGAGUCCGAGAGCGGUGAUGCCCAGCAUGCCGGGGAAAACGGCUACGACCCAGUGGAGGAUGAAAACCCUUGGAUAUGCUUUUAUUCGGAGUACCUCUUCCGGUUGGCCGCAGGGCAUAUCUAUAUCGUUGAUGAAAAAACUUUGGCCUCCGAAGGCCCCGACGCAGGGACCGUCCUCGUGAUGUGGUACGACGAGUGUGGACGGGCAAUCCGUUACUAUCGUGAGGAAGCGAUGCAUGCAGCGGAAAUUGCGAAUCUUGCCCCUUGUUACCUCAAAGAUUAUGCGUGCUGGGAUAAUGCGGAGAUUGGCGAAUCCUAUGAAUGGGGUGCACCCUUAGGACCCCCCUACGGCGAAAACCGCAGAGAGGCCUCCGAGUAG